AAAUACCAGAGCAGGCAACUACGCUAGUACUUUCCCAAUUUGCAGCUGGCCAUAGCACCUCGUGUGCUGUCAACAAUUCAUUCCCUACUUCUUGCGACAGGGAAUCCAGAAAAUGGCCUCAACAAUUUCAAUGAUUGUGAGCGGAGACAUCCAGGGCGGCUCCACGAUGUCGUAGACGGCCACACUGCUUGACCCGGUGACACGCUGAGGGGCUGGUGAGGUCAUGGCGGCUGCCAGGCCCACCAGUGUCCCAGCUGUCCCGGGGGUGAGCGAGAAAGUCGCCAUGGUCCGACCAUCACCUGGGAUGGAGGUCGUGGUGAUUUUCAUCUUCUGGCCGCCCCCUGGGCGUAAGAGAAAGAGAUUGCAAAAAUUGUUCACGCACUAAAACACUUGAUAAAACAAUAAAUUUUAUUCUUUCAUUUUUAUAAUCAUCAUCAUUUGAUUAUAAAGCUUGUUACGGUCGUAACAUAGCUGCCUUUAGCUGGGCAUAUCCAGCUUUCUGGAUCAUGGAUCCGGAAGGAUCAUCCAGGGAACCAGCAAACAGCGAGAAGGAAUGGCUGAUCUCUGCUGUUCGGACGCUGUCCAGAAUCGUGGCUGGGAAGGAGAAGGGUCAGGAAAAAAUCUGGAACAUUGAGUGUAAACCUGACUGGUGGGAUGAAAAGACAGGGGGACUUCAAUGGAGAAACCCAACAGGUAAUAGAAAAGAUUCGCUGCAAGUAUUGCAAAAAAAGUACCGCGUUUUGGAGGAAUAUGUGAAAGCUGAAAAACGAUUCCCAGAAUCUCUUCAAAAGGAGGCAGAGCUUUGGAGCACUAAUCAAUUUGAUAAGCUGUUCGCAUUUACACAUUUGAUUUACUUUUAUAAUGAAGCUAAAAAAUUAGCGACAGUUUGGGAGAAGUUUAUCAAAUUAUACCCUGGCAAAGAUGGGUCACUUGAUGCAGAAUUUUUCAAUUAUUUCAAGAAUUGUAAAGCUAGUUUUAAAGAAAUUCAACAUAAAAUGACUGAAUAUACAGAGCAGCUUUCCCAUGUGCGUGUAAAACAAACGAGACCGAAUGAUUCUAGAGAGUCAACACCUCCAACUCCUGCAGUUGUCUCCUCUAAAUCAUCUUAUAACCACCAGGCUUCAAUGUCAGCACUGCCAAAACUUCAGAGAAAACGCCCGCUGGAAAAUGUUCAAGUGAACUUCUCUGAAAAAAAACGGAAGACGCAAUCUAAAACAAAUGCUCCAACACAGUCGUCAAACUUUCAGAUUUUACAGAAUACACCAUCUACAUUAGAAAAGAUAGAUGGAGGUAAUGAACCUGGCCGUGACAAAAGUGAUUGCUCAUCGUCUGAUGAAGGCUUUUCGGACGGCUGCGAUAAUUUAUCUGAACGCAUCAAUGCAGAAAUGUCGCAUAGAUUUCAUCUAGCCCCCAAUGAAUACCCUAUGUACUUGCAAAGUGAAAAAAACAAUAACAUUAAUUUGUUAUAUGAUAAGCAAUCAGAAGUAUCCAUUAUACAUAAUGAUCAGUCAGUCAAUCAAAACAUUAUGAGCCCUACAUCAGCAACUGAGCAAUUACUCAUUCACAGUCCUAUAGAGCCCACAUCAACGUAUGAACAAUUAAUUACUCCUAGUUUCAUACACAGUACAUCAAGAACUAUGGAUGAGUUCUCCGGCAAUAAUGCUCUAAAUACGACUAUCAAUGAUUUUAGCAAAACGAGUACUGAAGAAAAUCGCGCAGAAAGUAGCUCAUUCGAUAGUAUACAUUUCACCAAGAACAAAGAUGAAGAUUUUUUAGACAUGUAUUUAAAAAAUUCCGAAAAAGGCCUACCCAUACAUCCGUCAUUUUUGGAUUUUUUUUUAGAAAUUCCUUCAAAUGAGAGCAACGUUUCAGACUAUCAUUUGGUCUGUCUCUCUAAGCUACUUGGACAAAUCGAAUCUGCUACCCCAACAGCCACAUAGCUGUGUUCCAUUUCAAAUGCAUUCGUUUACUCGCAGUUCUAGACACGUCUGCUAUCCUCCUAGCCACUGAACAAUGUUCCCGCCAUUUAUCAUUCCUGAUAGCCCAGCAGUAAAGUUGUUUUCACACAUCAAUCAUUGUAUCAUAUAUAAAUACACAUUAUAUAUUUUUUUUAUUUGUAGCACUAGUGUUUUACUGAUCUAAUGUGAAUAGUAUUAACUGAUACAUUUGAUCCAUUCUUUGAAAAGGAAGUUAAAAUUUUAUUAUAAUUUAGGAAAUGUUAAAAAGCGAAAAGGUAUAUGUACUUUACAUUUUUUUAAACACAAAAUUCGGUAACUGAGAAAUUUCGCUGCAUUAAAAAUUGUUUAGGUGAUACCUCAGUUACAAAAAAAAAACAAACACUAAAAGUAAUAUAAUAUAUCAAAUUGUGUUGUAAUUACGUAUUUUUUUUCAAAAAUAAAAAAAAUUACAAAUA